CCGCAGGAAGCGGAAGGGGGACGGGGGAGGCGGCUCUUUGUCGGAGCUAGCGGACCGGCAGGCGGCAGCAGCAACUACGGCGGCGGCAGAACCCAGCAGUGAUGUGGAGGUGGAGACCCACAGGAGCCCCGGACUUCACCUGAGCUACCUCAGCAGUCACCAAGGGUGGCAGCAAAAAGAAGAAAGCCCCGAUUUGGGGGAGACCAGGAUGCCUGACCGGGACAGCUAUGCCAAUGGCACUGGGAGCAGCGGUGGAGGCCCUGGAGGCAGUAGCGGCGAGGAGGCCACUAGUGGGGCAGGGGCAGGCAGUGGCGGAGCCAGCUCAGAUGCCAUCUGUAGAGAUUUCCUGAGGAAUGUGUGCAAGCGAGGCAAGCGGUGCCGCUUUCGUCAUCCAGACAUGAGUGAAGUGUCCAACUUGGGAGUGAGCAAAAAUGAAUUCAUCUUCUGCCAUGACUUCCAGAACAAGGAGUGUAGCCGCCCAAACUGCCGAUUCAUCCAUGGCUCCAAGGAGGAUGAGGACGGCUAUAAGAAGACAGGCGAGCUCCCUCCUCGAUUGAGGCAGAAAGUUGCAGCUGGCCUGGGCCUUUCACCAGCUGACCUACCAAACGGCAAAGAGGAAGUCCCUAUCUGCCGUGACUUUCUUAAGGGUGACUGCCAGAGAGGAGCCAAGUGCAAGUUCCGUCAUUUGCAACGGGAUUUUGAAUUUGAUGCUCGUGGUGGAGGUGGUGGUACUGGUGGUGGGGGCUCAACAGGCCCAGUCCCCCCCGGACGACGGCAUGAUCUCUAUGAUAUCUAUGACCUUCCAGACAGGGGCUUUGAGGACCAUGAGCCAGGCCCCAAGCGCCGGCGAGGUGGGUGUUGUCCCCCUGACGGCCCCCAUUUUGAGUCAUAUGACUAUAGCCUGGCUCCACCCCGGGGAGUGGAGUGUAGACUGCUAGAAGAGGAGAAUGCCAUGCUCAGGAAGCGAGUAGAGGAGCUGAAGAAGCAGGUCAGCAAUCUGCUGGCCACUAAUGAGGUAUUGCUGGAGCAAAACGCCCAGUUCCGCAAUCAGGCCAAGGUCAUGACCCUGAGCUCCACUGCACCAGCAACCGAGCAGACUCUGGCCCCCACUGUGGGCACCGUUGCCACUUUUAACCAUGGCAUUGCCCAGACUCACACUACUCUCAGCAGCCAGGCUUUACAGCCUCGUCCAGUGUCCCAGCAAGAACUGGUGGCUCCCGCUGGAGCUCCAGCUGCACCCCCAACAAAUGCUGCACCUCCUGCUGCUCCGCCACCCCCACCCCCACACUUGAACCCAGAGAUCACACCACUGUCAGCUGCUCUGGCUCAGACAAUUGCCCAGGGGAUGGCACCCCCACCUGUCUCUAUGGCUCCUGUUGCUGUGUCCGUGGCUCCUGUGGCUCCUGUGGCUGUGUCAAUGGCCCAACCCUUGGCAGGAAUCACAAUGAGUCACACCACCACUCCUAUGGUGACUUACCCCAUCGCUUCCCAGAGCAUGCGCAUCACAGCCAUGCCACACUGAUGGGGCUUAUGGACACUCCCCUGGUAUAGUCUCCCCAGGGCUGGGGUCGAGGAAUCCUCACCCACUUGCCUAGCUCUCCCAGGCCCUGUUUGAAGGGCUCACUCAAGAACUCGGACAAGAGACUACAAGGAGUUUGCUUCUGAGGAGUUGAGCGGGUGUGUUUUCUCUCACCUCCCUUUAAUGAAGGUCCUCUUGUCCAUCUUCCUUCAAGCCUCAGAGAGGGGGCUUGCAUAGGAGUGCAGACUGAAGCCAGCUGAGAGAAAGGAUUGACUGAGGUGCUUUGUGUUCCCUGAUGGGAAGUUAGAGACAUCUCUGGUCUUGUCUCUCUUCCAUACAGCAGGUUCUAGUACUGGCUUUGGAAGAAAAAAAGAUCACCUUCCCACAGGAAAAGUGAGCACAGAUUGAGAAAUAGGUGACCAGAAGAGAAGGCCUGAUAGGAACUUUCAGACAAUGUGGAGCCUAGUUGAGUUGGACAGUACAGAAACUGCUCCUGGGCCUCUGAGAAGGCAGGGACCUUAGUGCUCCAGCCCCAAACACUAGAGGAACAUUCGUUACCUUGACUUGGCCUGAAAAAUCCAUAGGGCAGGACCCACCUCUUUCCAAAGAAAUUAAAAAAAAAAAAAACAAUUAUUUUUAAGUAAUGGAGGUAAUGAAAAGUUGCUUAGCUGUUUUGUGUGGAAGAUGGGAGCAGUCAGCAGAACUCAGGCCAAAAUGGAAUAAAGACCCGCCCUCAGAUAGGCUGGGUAAUGGCGGACAGAGACCAGUGAGAAAGAAGACCAAGAAAAAGAGCAAAUGGGGCUUUGGGGAAGGCACUUCAUGGGGGAAAUGAAUUGGAGCCACCUAGUCUGGUUUAAAAAUAGUCCCAUCUGUUUCUGGUUCCCAUCUGCAUGUACUAUUCUCAGGUUGCCUUAGUAACCAGGGCUCCUAGGGUCAUUUAGGGGGGCAGGUAUUAAAGAGUGUGUAUGUGCUGGGAAGAGGGAAUGGGAUAUGUAUUGACAAAUCCCUUUUUCAAACAGUGAGCAGGUGGUAAUUGCUCUUUUGAGUGCUGAUGACAGUGUCCCUCCUACCCCAGCCCUUCCUCAGUUACCAGUGCCUUAAGCCUUGAAGGCUUGGGAGGUGCUGGGAAAAGGAAAGUUCUUCUGGGGACACCAGCCUCAGAGUUCAUGCCUUUCUUCCCUCUGACUACAUGUAGGAUGCAGUUUUAAAUCCGAAUGAGGGUCACUUUGGCCAGGAACCCCAAUAGCCCAGCUUCAGUUACUUCUCAGCUCAUAACUAAUAAAGGGGAAACACCUCCGUGUCUAGUCUAAUGGUACAGUGGAUUUGGGGAUAGAGAGUGAUCCUGGGUUGUGCUCUCCCUGUCAUAUCUCCUGCUACCUCUUAACUCUCUUGUCUGGUUGAUCACUCAGGUUACAUCUAGGGUUGGAGAUGGUGGGCUACAUCAAGGCUGCUCAUUAAAAAAAAAAAAAAAAAAAAAAAAGCUAAAAAGGGCCUAAAGAAUAAAAGUGGGCAAAUACUGAAAUACUGUUUGUGGAUUUUAGAAACCACACAUUGAAAAGCCUACUGUUGAUUUUUCUGGCACAAUUCUGGGUUAUUAAAAAGAUAUGGUUUUGAGCAUAUAGAGAUAAAUGUGGUCAUAGAUGCCAACAUGAAUUCAACCCAGCCAAAUCCUAAUUUAUUUUAUUUUUGCCAAGUAUCUCUAUAAAGAGGUAGAUUUGGGAAACUGUAGACAUUGUAUGUCCUUCAUUAAACAUACUCCAUCUAAAGACUACCAGGAAUACACCUGUAGUUAAACUUAAAUUGUGUUUAAUGUUUAUUGGAAUGAUGGGGGAACUGUGGUGUGUUUCAGCAGGAGGGGAUUAGAAAUACCUUAUAGGGUUUGGACUUUGUUAACUGAGUUGAUUGUUUUUUAAAGUGGAGCUUUGCUGUAAUUUGAGUGCUACCAGGGAAAUAGGGAUCUCUUAUCUAGAAAAAGGGUAAAAUAGAAUGAAGCUGAAGCUGCUUGCUGUAUUGGUAAUUGGAACAGCAGUCACUCAUUAGCUGGGAGAAGGGAGAAGGGAAUAUUUGCUAUUCUGUGGUGGUUUGCAUUCUGACCCAUAAGGUUUUUUUUUUUUUUAAUUUCUUUAUUGGGGAAUUAAUGUUUUACAUUCAACAGUAAAUACAAUAGUUUGUACAUGCAUAAUAUUCCCCAGUUUCCCAUAUAACAAUACAACCCCCACUAGGUCCUCUGAAUCCUUCUUGGACCUGUAUUCUCCCCACCCACCUACCCCAGAGUCUUUUACUUUGUUGCGAUACCGAUACCCUAGAUACACUAUAUGCCAAUUCCAUUUCAGGUUCUACUUGUGGUUUUUUUUUUUUUUUUUUUCUGAUCUUGUUUUUCAACUUCUGCCUGAGAGUGAGAUCAUCCCAUAUUCAUCCUUCCGUUUCUGACUUGUUUCACUUAACAUGAAUUUUUCAAGGUCCAUCCAAGAUCGGCUGAAAACAGUGAAGUCACCAUUUUUUACAGCUGGGUAGUAUGUAUUCCGUUGUGUAUAUAGACCACAACUUGCUCAGCCACUCAUCUGUUGUUGGACACCUGGUUUGCUUCCAGGUUUUGGCUAUUACAAAUUGUGCUGCCAAGAACAUGUGUGUACACAUAUCUUUUUGGAUGGAUGUGUUGGGUUCCUUAGGAUAUAUCUCAAGGAGAGGAAUUGCAGGAUCAUAGGUAGGUCCAUUUCUACCAUAAGGGUUUUUUUUUUUUUCUUUUUUCUUUCCAGAGUUCUGACUUGUGGUGGUACCAAAGAAGGGACCUGGGGUUUUAAACAUUUAAAGUUUCUCUGCAUAGCUAUUAUUUUAUCUUCCAAGUCCCAUAAUAGUGAUUGAGUGACUUUGCCUGAUGUUGGUGUUUUGUGAGAGUGUCCAAUAAGAGAAUGUAAUUUUCUUUUUUUAUAUAUAUUUUUAAAAUAUUUAUUAAUUUUCCCCUUUUGUUGCCCUUGUUGUUUUUCAUUGUUGUUGUAGUUACUAUUGUUGUUAAGCGUGCGCUUAACCCGCUGCACUACCACCCGACUCCCAAGAAUGUAAUUUUCUAGCUGUGAGUCCCAGAUCAGCCCACAGGACUCUGAAGCCUAGUUGUGUCAGACCAGUGACCAGAUGUCAGGAACUGCUUUCAACUUUCUCACCUGCUAAGUCAUUGCAGGUUAGAGAAUCAUCAUGGGUCAGUUAGUAACUGGUAAAAUCAAAAGUGAAAAUUUGUGUGUAGAAAUGCUUUAUUUUUUUCAGUAGAAAAAUAGGUGGGCAGGCAGUAGCACACCAGGUGGGUUACCAUGCAAGGACCCAGGUUCAAGCUCCCUCUCCCCAUCUGCAGGGGGGAAGCUUCACAAUGAAGUAGCUCUAAAGGUGUCUCUAUUUCUCCCUCCCUUCUCAAUUUCUCUGUCCUAUCAAUUUAUAAUUAUGUUACAGGAAAAUUAUAAUACAGGAAAAAAAUUAAAAUUGGCAGCCAGGAGCGGUGGCUUCCAAGUGCUGUCACCAAGCCCCAGCAAUAAUCCUGGUGGCAAGAGAAAAAAAAAAAGUGUUAUGAAUAGUAACACAAAGAAGUACUAAGGAUCAACUUGGAUUGAUACUCUUUCCUUAAAAAACUUGUCUGGGGAACAGAUGAAAAGAUCUACAUUGUAGUAAUUCACAUGAUUGUAACACGGGACUUUUUUUUUUUCUUUUUUGCCCUGGCAGGACUUUUUUUUUUUUCUUUUUUGCCCCUGGCAGCCUUUUUUUUUUCAUUUUAUUGGAUAGGACAGAGAGAAACUGAGAUGUGCUCCACUGUGUACUUGACAAAGCAGCUGCACUAUCCAGAUGAGCUACUUUGCUGGCCCUAAAUGUAGUUUUUAUUUUAUUUUUUUUUGCCUCCAGGGUUGUCGCUGGGGCUCAGUGCCCAUACCAUGAAUCCACUGCUCCUGGAGGCCAUUUUUCCCCCCUUUUGUUGCCCUCCUUAUUGUAGCCUUGUUGUGGUUAUUGUUGUUGAUGUUCGUUGUUGGAUAGGACAGAGAGAAAUGGAGAGAGGAGGAGAAGACAGAGAGAGGGAGAGAAAGACAGAUACCUGCAGACCUGCUUCACCGCCUGGCCUGUGAAGUGACUCCCCUACAGGUGGGGAGCCGGGGGCUCGAAACGGGAUCCCUAAGCUGGUCCUUGCUCUUUGCAGCACCUGUGCUUAACCCGCUGCCCUACGGCCGGACCCUCUAAUUUUUUUUUUUUUUAAAGCACCAUUGAGGAGGGUUAGUGGCGCAUUUGGUUGAAUGCACAUGUUACAACGCACAAAGACCGAGGUUCAAGCCCCUGGUCUCCACCUGCAGGGAGAAAGCUUUGCAAGUAGUAAAGCGGGCUGUAGGUGUCUCUGUCUCCCUCCCUCUCUAUUUUCCCCUUCCCUCUUGAUUUCUGGCUGUCUCUAUCCAAUAAAUAAGUAAAGAUAAAUUUUUGGGGGUCGGGGUUCAGCGCACAUGGUGAGAAACUCAAGAAUUGAGGACCAGUGUAAGGAUCCCGGUUCGAGCCCCUGGCUCCCUAUCUGCAGGGGGGGGGCGCUUCACAAGCAGUGUAGCAGGUUAAAAAAAGAGUAACGGGGGAGUCCAGCGGUAGUGCAGCGGGUUAAGCACACGUGGCGCAAAGCGCAAGGACUGGUGUAAAGAUCUGGGUUCGAACCCUAGUCUCCCCACCUGCAGUGAAGCAGGUCUACAGUUGUCUCUCUUCUCUCUCCUUCUGUCUUCCCCUCCUCUCUCCAUUUCUCUCUGUCCUAACAACUACGACAUCAAUAACAACAACAAUAAUAACUACUACAACAAUAAAAGGACAACAAAAGGGAAAAAAAAGAGUAAUGGAAGUCGGGCGGUGGCACAGCAGGUUAAGCGUACAUGGCGCAAAGCGCAAGGACCGGCUCAAGGAUCCCGGUUCGAGCAUCGGCUCCCCACCUGUAGGGGGGGGUCGCUUCACAAGCGGUGAAGCCGGUCUGCAGGUGUCUUUUUCUCCCCCUCUGUUUUACCCCUCCUCUCUCCAUUUCUCUGUCUUAUCCAACAACGACGUCAUCAAUAGCAACAACAAUAACUAAACAAUAAAAAACAAGGGCAACAAAAGGGAAUAAGUAUUAAAAAAAAAGAGUAACAUUGACAUGGUACACCUGGUUGAGGGCACACAUUACAGUGUACAAGGACCCAGAUUUAAGCCCCUAGUUCUCACCUGUAAUGGGGAAGCUUAACAGUUGGUCAAACAGUGCUGUAGACAUCUCCAUCUGUUUUCCCCCUUCCUAUUCAAUUUCUGUCUCUACCCAAAGUUAAAAAUAUAUAACCAUUGGCAAAUCAAUGGAAUAGCUGAAAAACUAACGAGCAAUCUAGGAGGUUGUACAGUGAAUAAAGCAUUGAACUGUCAAGAUGAGGACUUGAGUUUGAUCCCUAGCAGCACAUGUACCAGAGUGAUGCUGUGGUUCACUGUCUCUCUCUCAUUAAUAAAUCUUCUAAAAAAUUAA